GCCGGGAAGCGGCGGCGGCGGCGCUGGGAAGCCCCCGGUGGGACCCCCCCGCAGCACCGGGUCCCGCGCGGAGCCGCGGGGGUUAAGGCGGCGCCGUGACGUGUCCCGGUGGCCCCGCCCCGCCCAACGGCGCCGCCGAGCGGGGCCGCCCCGGAGGGGCGGAGAGCGGCAGCGGGCCCGGCAUGGCGGGGCUGCUGAAGGCCCUGGUGAGUGCCUCGGAGAAGGCAGCCGACAUCGCCCGUCUGUGCCGGCACGAGGAGCCCCUCUUCCAGCUCCUGGUGGCCGAGAAGACGGGCGCCGACAAGAACCGGCGGUUCCUGCAGGACUUCAAGACGUUGGCGGACGUGCUCAUCCAGGAGGUCAUCAAGCACGACCUGGGCACGGAGUUCCCCGAGCUGCAGGGCCACAUUGGCGGCGAGGAGUCCAACGAGUUCACCAAUGCCCAGGGGGAGACGGUGGCAGUGCGGGUGUGCGGCACAGUCGGCGAGACCGCGGCACUGCUGGGCUCCGUGCUGGCCCCUGAGCAGGCGGCAGCUGAGCUGCUGGCAGCUGCCGCGCACCGGGAUGUGGUGCUGGGGGACGCGGCGCUGGAUGGGCUGGCCCUGAGCAUCCUGCCCGGGGACCUGGCCAUCUGGAUAGACCCCAUCGACUCCACCAACGAGUACAUCGGUGGGCGUGAGGAUGUGGCCCCUGUCGACGGCAUCUCCCCCGCGGGGCUGUGCUCGGCGCUGGUGCUCAUUGGGGCCUAUGACCGCUGCUCUGGCUGCCCCGUGCUGGGCGUCAUCAACGAGCCCUUCUUCCGCCGAGACCCCCUCACCCACAGGUGGCAGGGCCGGUACCACUGGGGCGUUGCAUACCAGGACACCCGGCUGUGCUCGCUGAGCCCCCCGCUGCCUCCGCACCCCCCGCCCCGCGUGGUGCUGAGCCGGGCUGAGGGGCCGGGGGUGCGGGCAGCCCUGGACCCCCUCUGUGGCGGCCACCUCCACUUCGCUGCCGGCGCUGGCUACAAGAUGCUGUGCGUCAUCCUGGGGCUGGCAGAUGCCUACGUCCUCUCCGAGGGCAGCACCUUCGCCUGGGAUGCCUGUGCCCCCCACGCCAUCCUGCGAGCCCUGGGUGGGGGCACGGUGGCCCUGGCGGGGGCCCUGCGGGCACGGCGGGUGGGUGAAAAUGGUCCCCCCCCUGAGCUGCUCUACAACCGCCCUGCGGAGGGGGCAAUGGGGGCCGAGCGCUGGGCGAACCGGGGGGGGCUGGUGGCCUACAUGCACCCCCAGCACCUGGAGGCCGUGCUGGACGCGCUGGCGACCGUGCCCGGGCUGUGAGCCCGUGGGUGCAGGGGGCCCAGGGUGCAGGGCAGGGGGUGGCGGGGACCUGGGGUGGCCAGGGACCCUAGGGUGCAAGGCAGGGGACAGCGGGGACCAAGGAGCCCAGGGUGGCUGGGACCCCAGAGUGCAGGACAUGGGGACAGCGGGGACUUGGGGCAGCAGGGUGUGGGGUGGCCGGGACCCCAGGGUGCAGGACAUGGGGAUAGCAGGGUCGCAGGGGGGGCAGGAGGGUGUGGGGUGGCCGGGACCCCAGGGCAUGGGGCAGCAAGGACCAGAGGGUGCGGGGCGGUGACACCGGGGUGGCCGGAACCCCAGGGUGCAGGGUGUGGGGCGGUGGGAACCUAGGCUGCCCGGGCCCCCCGGGUGCAAGGCAGGGGACAGGGGGGACCCGGU